GCAGACGAAUUUCGCGGUUCACAACGUAAACUUGUUUGGAACUCAGACCAGGGAAGUUCAAAAGAUACUUCUCAGAACAUCGUGAAAACUUUCAAAGGUAGAAAAAGAAAGAAGGAAUUUACAAUAUAAACUGAAUAUCUCUUUCCCUAGUUUAUAUAAAACACGAUGUAUGGUCCUAUAACGACAUCUCGAAAGCCCUCGAUGCAAGCAACAGGCGUCACACCGCACGAUUUGGGUCUCGGUGACGCUGUAAGGAAGGAACCCUAUGCUGAUGGUGCUCUCAAACUUCUCGAAACUAUAACAUUGGCUACCGACGCAAUGUGUGUACAAUUUAAUAGAGACGCAUCAAUACUGGCGGUUGGUUUGGCCAACGGAACUAUACAGAUCUACUCCGCUGAUGACUAUCGGCACCUGUAUAGUUUGAGCGAUUCCGAUGUUCAAAAAAGUCGACUACCGGCAACUACUUUAAGAUUCUCUCAAACGGAAAAUACCCUUACUGCAACUUAUGCUUCGGGUUUAAUUAAAUUUUGGCAUAUCACUAACGGACAAACUCUACACACUAUUAACGAAGGGGAAAAACGUCAAACUUUAGCGUCAGCUUUCAACAACGAUGCUUCGUCGUUCAUAAGUGCCGGUUCUGAUUCGAAGAUCGUUCAAUACGACGGAAAAACUAAGCAAGUUAAGAACGUUUUACAAGCCACGGACUCGAGAGAUGUUAUGAAUGGCCAUCGUAUGAGAAUAUUCGCGUUGCAGUAUCAUCCUGACGAUCCUCACGUAUUCGUCUCUGGAGGAUGGGACGAUACCGUUCACUUUUGGGACGAUAGAACGACCCAUUCUGUUCGUAAAUUAUACGGUCCUCAUAUUUGUGGUGACGCACUCGAUAUUGAUCCGAUUCAUAAUCAUAUACUUAGUGGAUCGUGGCGGAAGAAUAACGUUCUUCAGGUAAAAGCUCUCUUGCAGGGUGACUGAUGACUCAAUCAAUGGUCACGUUUUAUUUCAACUUUACUAUAAUCUACUAUUAUAAUUUUAUUAUUCAUUAAUUUUUAUCACAAAUCAAUUAUAUAUCUUUUUUUAGAUUUGGGAUUUCAACAGCGGGGAUAAGAUUCGGGAUAUUCCUCAAGAUACUUUAGUAGGUACGCAGGUCUAUUGCUGUCAGUGGUUGGCUAGAGAUUAUAUCAUUUGCGGUGGUUCUGAUAUGAAUACUGCUAGAGUAAUUGAUAGAGGAACGUUAAAUACCGUCGGACAAAUGGUUGAGCUGCCUCAAGCUGUUUAUUGUUUAGAUAAUGAUAAGCAGUUAAAGCACCCGAGGAUAGCAAUCGGCUGUGCUCAAAAGGUUUACAUUCUGAAAUGCGAAAGGAAAAAUUAAAUAUUAGAUAGAUUAGACGCAAUCUAUCAACUAUCUCUUAUUGAAAUAUUUUGCUAUGCAUUAUUAUUAACAUUCAAUUUAUUCAAAUCAUAAAAAUAUUAUUGUCUAUUUUUUUUCAGCGUCCAUUUGUUUGUUUGUUUGUUUGGUUUCUUUUUUUGUAGUUUGUAUAAAAAUUCCGUCCAUUGCUCUGAAAAACAGAAUUGUUUAUUAAUUUUAUUAUUUUAUGGUAUAUGUUUUCUUCGUAUUCUGGAAGACGAAACUUUCUACUUAAUCUUCUUUAUAUCCGCCCGUCUGCCUAAGCAGCAUUAUGAUAUUGUAUUAUGUAUAUAUAUAUAUAUAUAUAUAUAUGCAUAGAAUUAGCUAUGUGAUAUACCUAUGUUUGUGCCAAUUUUCUAAUUUAAGCUUUUAAAUACAUUUAUAAGAUGAUUUAUAAUUCUGAAAAAGCUUUUAGACACUUCUCGUAAAGGUCUAUUAUAUCGCUAAG